GCUAUGCAGGAGGUUCAUGGUAUGACCACAGCGGAGCGGCAGUUGACUCUCUUUGCCUACCACGAGAUCCAGAAUGGUUACAGACGACUGUUGUACCGGAUGCUUACACAGGGAGGAUUUAUGGAGCAGAGUACGAAUCUGUUAAUGGCUAUUCUCUAUUCGGGCCUAAAUCACACAAUGAAGAGGUUCCCUGUGCUGUCUGUAGAUCUACCUCCUUCGUUUCCUCUGUAAUGAUACCGGCGAGGACGACCUGCUACAGCGGCUGGACGAAGGCCUACAGUGGGUCAUUAGCGUCGGGUUAUUAUGCCCAAGUAGCUGCUACCCAAUAUGUAUGUGUAGAUGAGAAUGCACAGCCGCUCUCUGGAGGAGCUGAUAGAAACGACAAUGGUAUGUUGUUUUAUGGAGUCAAAGCUUUCUGUGGCUCUCUGCGAUGCCCUCCAUAUGAGCAAGAUAAAUUCAUAGCUUGUGUAGUUU